AUGCCAGUCGCCACUCCUGUCACCCCCGUCGAAGCCGUCCAGAGCCUCAAGGAGACUGAAAACGUCAGCAUCGAGGCAUAUCCAUCCUCAUUUUAUGCAGACUUUCUUUCAGAGCAUGCGAAGAACAGACUGCCCAGUCCGAUCCGAGGCUUGUUCCAUCACGAAAAGGUCCCAGGAAUGAUCUCCAUGCUCGCUGGGAAACCCAACCCGGGUCUCUUCCCAAUCACCUCGAUUGCCAUCACUGUCCGGUCCCCGCUCGACGGCGUAACCGAGAAGACGAUCGAACUCAAGGGUGAAACACUCGAAGAAGCACUUCAAUAUGGUCCAACUCAUGGCAUACCUCGUGCGCAUAAAUGGUUCAUGGGCCUUCAAGAGGUCGCCCAUAAUCGUCCACAGGCACCUGAUUGGGAUCUCUCCGUCGGAGCUGGUAGUCAGGAUCUCAUUUACAAGGCCUUUCUCGCGCUCUUGAACCCAGGCGAAUCUGUCCUUGUCGAAGCCCCGGUAUAUGCUGGCGUCGUUCCACUGCUAGUCGGCCAACACGCGCACUGCGUAGAGGUUGACACCGACGAGCACGGUGCAUCCGUUGAGAGCAUGCGGCACGCUCUCGAAAACUGGCCAGCCAACAAGCCGAAGCCCAAAGUCUUUUACACUGUCCCCUACGGCUGCAAUCCAAGCGGUGUCACAACCUCUCUCGAACGCCGUGAAGCCAUCCUCCAACUCGCCCACGAACACAACUUUAUCAUCAUGGAGGAUGAUCCAUAUUACUACCUCUACUUUGGCAGCGCUCCCAGGCCACCGUCAUACUGGGAGCUCGAGGCGCGCUACAACGAUCGCCCGCGUGGACGAGUCCUCCGCUUCGACAGCUUUUCCAAGAUCUUGUCUUCCGGCUUGAGAUUAGGGCUCGUCACAGGUCCUAGGGCACUCGUAGAAGCAAUCAACAUGCACACUGCGAGCGCAAACCUACAAGUAUCUAGCACAACACAGGCUAUUGCCUACACAUUCCUGUCGGACUGGGGCUACGAAACAUUCUUCGAGCACACCCGCAAGGUUUCCGAGUUCUACCGACGCAAGCGCGACGUGUUUGCACGAGGACUCGAAAAGCACUUGACUGGAUUGGCCGAGUGGACGACCCCAGAGGCAGGCAUGUUUUUCUGGAUCAAACUUCAUCUUCCAUCCACACCGGUUGCACCAGAAGGUGACUCUGAGCGAGUGAUCAAAGAAAAGGCGCUCGAAGCAGGCGUACUCGCGCUGCCCGGCAAGUCUUUCUUCGUCCUUGGACGUGCGACGCCAUAUGUGCGCGCGGCGUUUAGUCUACUCGAUGAGAAUGAUGUAGACGAGGGGCUGAGGAGACUCGCAGAGGUCGUGAAGGCUAUCCAGGCUUAG